AGCAGCAGGGAAACACAGGUGAGACAGAAGUUGCUGUAAAGUCGCUUCUCCACUUCACAGAGUUUAACAAAGAAAUACAGCAUUCGCUUUGAUUUCACCGUUUCGAGGUCCACUUUUUUUUUAAAGCUAUCCGUAUCCACGAUUUUUUUAAGUUCGUUUUCUGCUUCUCUGCAUCCCGAACACGCAUGAGUUCGACAAGUUCAACUCCACCGGCUGAGGUGGCCACCCCCGCUCCUCACAAGCAGAGCAGCGAUGUAGCGGAGAGCUCGAUGUCCGUCCGCAACCCACUCGCCGCGGCGCCCCAUCACUACCACUCACCCGAGGACUUACCGUGUGCAAAGACGAAGAGGCCGAAGGAGGCGGAGGAAGACGGGACGACGUCGGAGGUGCUGGGGGAGUCACCGCACAACGACGCGGGGAAGGAGGGCAACAAGCUUCCUUCCCUCUACGAGUCUGACGAGGUAGCGGAGAAGAAGAGUAUCACGGACAACGCCAGCGCAACCACUGUCCAGCCCGAUCCGGUCUCACCGCACAAGGAUGGCGCGGCGGAGCUGGCCGCGCAGAGGGACUUGCAGCAACGUUCUGCCGCGGUGAUCGCCGCAGCGAUGGCCACACCGAUGGUGGAUGCGCGGCUGCCGCGCACUAUGGAACCGUGCGCCUCGUGUUGCGUGGAUCAGAAACACGACCCCAACUUGUGGAAGCGCGCGCAGCCGCGGCGGCACGCCUUUGAACGGCCGCUCGACUCACUCCAGAUCGGCGCCCUCGUCUAUGAAGUGUUGUUGAUUGCUUUGUUCUUCUCAACCGUCUUUGUGGGCUACGUUCUUCUGUAUACGCAGGACAAGAAGGAUUGCCUGGUAGAGCUCAUUCUGUUCUCGGUGGUGUACGUGCUCGACAUGGUGUUCACCUACACCGCUUUCUUCAUCGUGUCCUUCCGCGACGCGAGGGACUCCGACGACGCCGGUGAGCUCUGCACCUUCUGCCGACGGCUGACGCACGCCACCUCGAAGCACUGCAAGGCGUGCAACAAGUGCGUGAGUGACUUCGACCACCACUGCAAGUGGCUGAACAGUUGCGUGGGCGGCAAGAACUACCGGGCCUUCCUGUGCUUCAUCGGCGGGUGCCUGUUCGGCACCGUGUGGGAGAUGGCGAGCGGCAUUUGCUUUCUCGUCCGUUGGUGGGACGUGCUGGCGGCGCACCACAACGCGUACUUUCGCGUGGGGGCUAUCGUCAUGUGCGCAGCGGUGGUGCUUGGAUUUGUUGGCGUUGUGAACCUGGUGGCCUACCACAUUUUCCUGCGCUGCGUGCUGGGCAUGACAACGUAUCAGCGCCUGCUCGCGCUGCGCGAGAAGAGUGCUACCCUGGACUUGGCGCUGGACGACACGGCAAAGAAACCGGCGCGGAGUUCCUGCUGUUACUGGUAG